AUGCCGAUACAUAAAGUGGAUGAUACGAUUCCAUCUAAUACAUUACAUUCCAUAUCUGUGAAUCUACCGACAUGGCAAAGUGCUGUAGAUUAUGUCCACGAUAUGAAUGCACUUUCUAAAGAGGAUACAAGUAAUACUAAAUUUAAACAUGGAUAUCCCCGAGUGAAAUUACAUCCUUUGGUGUCCAAAUUAUGUAAUGUCAUACGUGAGAAAUAUGCUAAAGAAAAUGAAUCCUGCCUUUGUUUUCCUUCAUAUAACGUAGCCAAAAGAUGUAGAGAAUAUAUCCGAUUCAAGAGUCAAACUAAUGUUAAAGUACGAAUUUUACAAUUGGCUACUUCUAAACCUAUUACGUCAGAGGAAAAAAAAUGGAAACGUGAAUGUAAGAUUGCUGUUGUAUUUGUAAAGUCUGAAUACUAUCCUAUCUUAAAAGAAUAUUGGCAAUUAAGUGGUGAAAUUAUCUCAAGUAGGGCAGCUGAAUACGUCUUGCAUGAAUUAUUUGUACUUUCAUCAUCAAUGGGACGUACUACUACAAGUAGUACCGACAGCAUUAAAAAUAACAAUAGUAACAAUGACGAUUCAUCAUUUAUUGAUAAAAAUUUGAAUGUUGAAUUUACUGAUAGAGCUAAGAAAUUGAUUAAGAAAAGAAUUACCAAUAAUUUUGUUGAUAUGAAUGAAGAAAAUGAUGAUUCGAAUUAUCAUUUCCAUGAAAACAAUAGUAAUUCCAAUUUGAAUGCUACUUUUUUGGAUUCAGAAACCUCAGCCAAUUUCAGCAAUAACAAUGGUAGUAAUAAUAACAACAACAAUAAUAAUACAUUACGUGAUUGGGAUUUGAAUUUUGAAGAUGGAGAAGAAUUUCAAGAAAUUGAUGAAACUGUGACGACUACGGUCACCACAGGUUUAAACUCUAUGAUUCCACCAGAACCAAUAUUUGCUGAUGCAACGGAAGAACUUAAUCCCGGUAAUGAUGAUAGAGGCGUUAUAACGCGAGGCAAUUUACAUGUAAGAACUGAAUCGAUGAGUCUCAUUCAAGAAGAUGAUACUAGGGAAUCGUUAGUGGACCCUGAAAAGGAUGUAUUUUUGUUUCCAAGUGGGAUGGCUUCAUUAUUUACCACAUUACGUUUAUUAUUACAAUUUGAUCUUAGAAGAGUCAAUCGGACAAGAAGCAAUGCAUCCUCCAAUACAAGUCUCAAUGAAUCGAUCCCAACGACAAAUGGUAAUAAUACUGGAACACCUUUAGAUUUGACAAAUAGUAACAAUUCUCCAAUAUCAGGUUUGAAUAAUCGAACUAAUAAUAACGAUAAUUCUAGUAAUAAUGAACCAAUGGAGAAACAAGGUGCUAAUCUCUAUAAAAAGACUGUAAUGUUUGGAUUACCAUAUUCUGAUACAUUAAAGAUGCUACGAACGUUCAACAAUACAUAUUUUUUGCCAGGCGGUGAAAAUGAAUCGAUGGCUCAAUUAAAGAAGAUAUUACAUUCUGGGGAACAAAUCCUUGCUGUGUUCAUCGAAGCACCUUCGAAUCCAUUAUUAAAGAUGGGUAAUCUUAUUGAAUUGAAAGAAUUGUCUGAUAUGUUUGGAUUCUAUAUUAUACUAGAUGAAUCUAUUGGUAGUUUUGUUAAUAUUGAUGGGUUACAACAUACAGAUAUUGUUUGUAGUUCAUUAACCAAGAUAUUUAGUGGUGAAACGGGGACCAUGGCAGGUACUUUAAUAUUAAAUCCACAAAGUAAAAUUUAUUCAUUUGCACAUGAAUUUCUAAGUGAAUUAGGCGAAUAUGAGGAUAAUCUCUGGUGUAAGGAUUUAUUAGUGCUUGAGAGAGAUUCUCGAGACUACGUAGCUCGAACCAUGAAAACGAAUCUAACGUGUGAAUAUAUUCUUGAUAAUGUAAUUGUUAAGCAUGAGGGAGGAUUAUUUAAGAAAGUAUAUUAUCCUAGGUUUACGUCAUCUGUCACAAAGAGCAAUUAUGAAAUGAUUAAAUGUAAUGAAGAUAGUGGAUAUGGUAAUAUAUUUUCCAUUACGUUUCAUAAUAUGGCUAAAGCCAGACAAUUUUAUGAUUCGUUAGAGAUAUACAAGGGACCAUCCUUAGGAUCUACGUUGACUACGGCGAGUCCGUAUACUAUACUACAGUAUGGUUCAAGUAAAUCCGAGCUUGAAGAUGCUAACAGAUUUGGUCUUGAUGAGACCUUAAUUAGAAUUAGUAUUGGAUGUGAAAGUAGAAAGACGUUAUGUACCAUGUUUCAAAAUGCUAUUGAUAGCGCGAUUAAAUAG